AAAGACAGAAGCAACCCUAGAACAGUAGGAGUAGUAGCCAGGCGUAGCCAAAAUGGAGAUGGGUUUCGCUGCAGGCACGGCGGCGAACGGCGGCGGUGGUGCGGCGGCCGCGACGAACGGCGGCGGGGGAGGGAAGGCGCCGGCGGCGGCGGCCAUACGGGAGCAGGACCGUCUGAUGCCGAUCGCGAACGUGAUCCGGAUCAUGCGUCGCGUGCUGCCGCCGCACGCCAAGAUCUCGGACGACGCCAAGGAGACGAUCCAGGAGUGCGUGUCGGAGUACAUCAGCUUCAUCACGGGGGAGGCCAACGAGCGGUGCCAGCGGGAGCAGCGCAAGACCAUCACCGCCGAGGACGUGCUCUGGGCCAUGUCCCGCCUCGGCUUCGACGACUACGUCCAUCCGCUCGGCGUCUACCUCCACCGCUUCCGCGAGUUCGAGGGCGAGGCCCGUGGCGGCGGCCUCGGCGCCGGGGCAGGAGGCUCGCUCAGGUCCCCCCGCGGCGGGCCGGCGCCCGGGUCGGCGUCGUCCAUGGUGCCUGGUGCUCAGCACCACCACGACAUGCAGAUGCACGCCGCGGCCAUGUACGGGAACCCCAUGGCGCCGCCGCACCAUCACGCGUUCCUCAUGCCGCAGCCGCAUUACGGGCAGCAGUACGAGAUGUACGGCGGCGGCGAGCAUGGGAUGGGCGCCGCCGCGUACUACGGAGGUGGGUACGCGCCCGGAAACGGCGGACAUAAUGGAGACAGCGGCAGCGGCGGCGGGGGCGCAAACACGCCGCAGGCUGUCAACUUCGAGCACCAGCAGCCGUUCGGGUACAAGUAGUAAUCUUAAGCUUAGCCCUGCAUCUGCAAUGUGCAGCUAGGUAUGGCAUUUUAAGUCUAGUGUACUGGUCAGCUUGUUGGUUAGAACUACUCUGUUGUGCUUUAGCCCUUCAUUAGGCGCAUGCAUGCAUCUAUCUAGCUAGCUAGUGACCUCUCCGUUGUGCUUUUGCGAAGUUCAAAUGGCGAUCAGAUCUCAGGCGUCCUUGUAUCCUGUUUUACUUAACUGCAUCCAAUUUUACUUUUCUCUCCGUUGUGCUUUUCCAAUUCCAACUUAGCUAUUCCACCGUCGAGGAAUUAGCAACAACUAUCUUGUAAUCUUA